AUGCUGGACAUUCUCUUGGAAUACGCGCCUAACUGGACGACGCACAUACAAUGGCUCGUCAUCGUCGCCUUCGUUUUCGCCUUUUUCGUGUCCUACGGUUUGUCAGGACAAGUGAAACAUGGAUUUGAACGGGAAGUCCUUCAGGAAUGGGUGCGAAUGAUUCGUGCAACGAUUGGGGACCGGCCGUCGGCGCGGGAACCGUCAAAUUGUGGCAGGCCUACGCUCUUUCUGCAGUAUUGAACGUUGCCGGCGCUGUCCUACUGGGUAUGUUUUUUGUCAUUGUUUUUUUUUGUACCUCUAACUACCAAAAAAAAUCUUAAAACCGGCGAAAAAAGAAAUGAACUCGCUUCACUUUUGCCGCACUGAAAAUCGUUUCCUCUUUCUCAACUUUUUAUCUAAAGUUUAUUCACAGCUGGCUUCUGACGAUUUUUAAUUGUCUUUAUUAUUUCUGCUUCCAACUCGCGAUCGAUUAUAAUUUGCAAAAGUAGGAUAUAUUUUUAAAAUCCUUUUUUGAAAUAAAUCUCAACAAUAUUCAAAGGAAAAAAAUUGAAUAAUUAGAAAAAUUAAUCAGAGAAAAUAGGUGAAAAUUUUGACAUUAAAAAAACUUAUCUGCAAGAAACGAUGUCUGUUUUUUUAAAUUCAUUUUUUUCUUCACAUCAUUUGGUUAAUAGUAACUAUUUCUGAUCUUUCAAUCUUCUCCAAAAACUUUUUAUCAAUUGGGAAGUGCAACUCAAUUUAUCAAUGGCGUUCUUUCGAACAGCUGGAGAGAAGAGAAAACGACUGAACUUGAGAGAAAAUCGGAAAAAAAAACUUUGACCGGUCGGUCACUCGGUUAAUUUCGUCCUUGAUUUUUCUUCUCAGACUGAAGAGCCUUUGAAGAGGAGCUAGCGCUUAAGAACUUGAGACUUUUGUGGGAUUCUAAAUACAGAAGUAAACUUUUUUGUGAGAACUGCGUGUAUCUGUUGACUCCUGAUGUCUCGGAAACGAUAAUGUAUAUUUUGUUAAACACUGAGCUAUCAGGAGACAACAAUAGAUUUCCUACCAUUCGUUGUCGUUAAAUUCAAACGGAAACAUUACACAAAAAGGCAAUCAAGAACCUUACGUCAUCGAUUUCGCGAAAAUUUUCGCACAAGAAAGGAAAUCACACUUUUAGACAUCAACAUCUCACGUGAAAAAUCACCCGAGACAUUUUAUCGGAAAUAAAGUUCGAAAAAAAAGGGCGCCAUGAAUAAUUUAUAGCGUAGAAGCGCAUUUGGGGGUCGUGAAACGCGAGAAAAACAUCACGUAAAGAGAAACAAGGGAUUGAUCGGUCACUGAGCGAUUGGCCGCCAAAAAAGAUGAGGCAGAUCCAACUGCAAUCCGUUUGUCGGCAGUUGUUUGGACAGUUUUAGCCUUGCAAACCAGGGAAAAAACUAAUCGUUUCACUUCAAUUUUGUUAUGCCAAGGUCGAUUUGCGUUCUUUUACCCGUAAGUGAAAUCUGGGCCUUUUAUGGCUCUUCUGACCUUGAAGAGGAGAUCCGUCAGAUUGAAAUUAGUUUUUUCCUUGCAGGAUACAAAGUGGUGGAGACGUUGAGAACGGGAAUCGUCGAGUUUUCGAUUUUCGACGUCUACUCGCAGUACAACCACACGACGAAGCACUAUGACACGGUGCCGUUCUGCGGAAAUGCCACCAUGAUCGGCGGGUUCACUCCUCCGGACAUCGUUCCAGGAGCACCUCCCCUCGAGUGCGCCAAGUACACCUCCGUCGACUUCAUUCUCACUCAGGUGAGACUUCCGUCGAGAGCUUCAGAAGUUACGAAGAGCCUUUGCAGACAGCGUCGCUCUCCGGAGUUGCAGUCUUCAUGAUUCUGUCUUCCUGCUACAAGAUCCCUGUUUCGGCCACUCACGCCAUCGUCGGAGCCUCCGUCGCCACUUCGUUCUAUAUCCGCGGAAACGUUGGAAUCCGAUGGGACGAGAUCGUCAAGAUUGGUCAGUUUCGUGGAUUUUUUUGAACAAGCUUUCUUAAAAAGUUUUCAAUUUUUUAAAUUUCUUUUACGAAGUAGUUUCGGGGAACUUGAAAUGACUUCUGACUCUUAAAAGUUUUUUGAUCCGUUGCACUCUUUGAGGAUCAUUUCGAGUGCCCCGAAACAUCUUUAUUUUGAAGUUCUUGUUCCAUUUCUCAAGUUUCUAUCGAAAACUAAAUUGUUUUGAAUAGUUUUUCAUGAUUUUAUUUCUAGUCAUCUCCUGGUUCGUCUCUCCCAUUUUGGCCGGAAUCUUUGCCGGAGCUUUCUACUACGUCGUCAAGUACUCGGUUCUGAUCCGCAAGGACACUUUCAAAUGGGCCCUCCGUCUUUGCCCGAUUUUCAUGUGCUUCACUCUCACCGUCAACCUCUACGCUUGCAUUUACGACGGCUCGAAAUGUGAGAAAUUUCCCGUUUGGAUCAGUUAAUCUAUCUCUUUUCAGACCUCGGACUGGACAAACUCAACUGGUGGGAAGCUCUUCUGGUUUCUGUCGCCAUCGGUGUCGCUGGCUGGGCGAUCCUCGCUUUCCCUUUGAAAAACUGGCUGCCACAACGUGCCAAGAGGUUGUACGACGCCGAGACCGUCAAGAUGCAGAAAAGAGCAGAGUCUGGAAAAAUUAGUGAGUUCCUAAGCCUUGAAAUAAAAAACAGGACCUUUUUUUCAGAGGAAAGCAAGAUCAAGGACAUGCGUAUCCCAGAAGUCGGAGACGACAUCAAGGACCUGCCGUGGUACAAGUACCUGUGGCAGUACGUUCCAGAAGACCGCCUCACGAAGAAAGUCUUCAACACCCUCCAAAUCGUGUCCUCUUCCAUGUUGUCCUUCUCUCACGGAGCCAACGACACCGGCAACACCAUCAGUCCUCUUUUGGCCAUCUGGCUCUGCUACGAGUCCGGCUAUGCCUUCGGAAAUGCUGAAACUCGGGACGAUACUCAGGUUCGAUUCUUUUCGUCUUAUCGAAGCUGAGUUUGAACCUUUCAGCUGCUCCUGUUCUACGGAUCUUUCGCCAUGAUCUUCGGUUUCGUCACCCUCGGCCACAGAACCAUCAAGCUUCUCGCCAAGGAGAUGACCGUCGACAUGAGUCCCGUCUCUGGGUUCUGCAUUGAAGUCGGAACUGCCUUCACCGUCCUCGUCUGCGUCAAGCUGGGUAAGCCAUUUCGAUUCCUCUAAGAAAGAUCUAUUUCCAAUACGAGAACAGAAGACCUUUCAACCUCAAAAUGCUUGCAGGAAUCCCAAUCUCCUCGACGCAUUGCACGGUCGGCGCGGUCAUCUUCGUCGGGAUGGCCAAGUCGACGAGCGAAGGCGUCUCUUUCGCCACGUUCCGCAAGAUUUGCUUCUUCUGGGUGCUCUGCUUCCCACUCUCGGCCGUCGUCGGAAUCCUCACCACAAUCAUCCUCCAACAUUUCAUGUAA